AUGGCUAACAUGUUCCAAUCAAAUUCCAGAGAAACCACCAGACUCCUAUCUGCGAUAUCCAAAGAAGCAAACCCAGGUAAGUAUCUAGAUUCCCAAAGGCGUAUGAGACGUAACUUGCUUUCUUUUGGUGCAGGUCAACUAGUUUUGAGGACAAAACUUAUUCAAGAGGGAGGGGAUGAUAUGAUCAUGCCCAGCACUAGAGACAUGGAACUUGAAGCGGAGCUUGAACCUGAUGGAGCUAAACAUGUGGACCUGGAACCUGAUGGAAUUAAAGACAUGAAGCUUGAGGUUGAGGAGAAACUUGAUGUCAUGGACAAACUUGUUGCCAACCAAGAGCUUGCAGCUGAGAAGCUUGUUUCCAAGGAUAUUGUAGCUGCGCCAAUGGAACUGGUUACUCAUUCUGGAGUUAAUAUUGAGCCAAGAUGGAGAAUACAUGAUCCUAAACCUCCCUGGUUUUUGAUCCAAGCUCAAGAAAUCAGCAAAUGGGCAUGUGAUUCAUUUGCACUCUUUUUCCCUUACCUUUGGUUUUGUCCCAAUGGGUUUUCCAAAGGAAGGUUUUACCAAACUCCUAGACCUCUGCAAGUGCACAGAUCGCGGAAGUAUGGGUAUCGAACACAAGGACUGGCUAUUGAGUACACUUUGUAA